UACAAACCUUUAGAAGCACCCGGAUUACUGAUUCCCAAAAAGGGUAAUCAUAAAAAAUACCUGAUUGUCCGCAGAUGGUUAAAAUAUAUUACAUUACCAUAUGUCAGAUAUCCUGAGGGAUCAUAAAACAUUAAGGAACCUAGCAUUUUUCAGGCGAAACAACCCACCGGAGAUCAGUCAAAUUUUUCGCUUCAUAGAAGACAGUUAUUGUAAAAACCAUGCAUCAUCAUCAGAACAUAGGAGACGCUGCCGCCUUGAAUGGAAUGCUUCCACCUUACGAAGCCAUGGCCAUGUACGAGCAGCCAAAGCCUCGAUUCAUCUUCAAGAUGCCCCGUGUGGUGCCCGAUCAGAGGUCAAAGUUCGAGAGCGAUGAGCUGUUCCGACGCCUAAGCCGCGAAAGCGAGGUGCGAUACACGGGCUACAGGGAACGGGCAGCGGAGGAGCGCAAGAUGCGAUUCAUAACGGAUUGCCGCAAGGGCUAUGCGGAGAUCUCAAUGGUGGCUUCCGGCACCAACCUACAGCUCUACUUCAACGCCAACCACAAUCCGUACGCCCAGGAGCAGGAGUGCGACUUCGACAGGGAGCGCGGCAAAGUCCAUCUACGCUCCAGCUUUAUCAUGAACGGGGUGUGCGUCCGCUUUCGGGGCUAUGUGGAUUUGGAUCGACUUGACGGCGUGGCCAGUCUGGAGUUCGACGAGCAGCGAGCCCAGCAGGAGGAUGCCCAGCUGCAGGAGCAGAUCCAAAGCUACAACCAACGCAUGGCUGAAUCCAAGAGAAUUUAUCACACCCCCCAGACUCCACCGGAAGAUCACCAUCGCAGGGGCGGACCUGGUCUCCCCGGAGGCCCAAUGGGCUGGUAGUAAUAUGGUCAUUUUUAUAAGUCUGUAGGUUUAAUUAAAGACCUUUGUAAAUUUUAUAACAAAUAGCUUGAACCAA